GGGAUAAGAUCUUUCCAGAGUAAGAAGCAUGGUUCGAGAACGAAAAUGCAUUUUAUGUCACAUUGCGUACAACUCAAAAAAGGAGAUGGAAGAACACAUGAGAAGCAUGCUUCACCACAGAGAACUUGAAAACCUGAAGGGAAGGGAUAGCAACCAUGAAUGCCGGGUGUGCAGGGUCACCCUGGUGGGUUUGUCAGCAUAUGCCAAGCACAUCUCCAGCCAGCUGCACAAAGAUAAUGUUGAUGCCCAUGACAGAAAAGAGGAAGAGAAAGAAGAGGCAGAAGAAGAGUACCUUGACAAAGAACUCAUUCAACUAAUCAAGCAAAGGAAGGAACGGAACCGACAAGCUGAACCAAGCUGUGCAAACCAAGAAUUAGAAUGUGAUGAUAGGAGAUCACAGAGAAGGCGAGAAGAAAGAGCUACUUACAAAGAAAGAGAAGCUUAUGAUCAGUCAUUGUGGCAUCAUCAUAAUACAUCACAGAGGGACUGGAAGUGGGAAAAGGAUGAUUAUAUUAGUCCUAGGCAAGGCAAAUUUUCACAUUCUCAGAGGAACCUUAAUAUAAACAGACAUUCAGGCGGCCCAAGGGGACGCUCUGGGUGGCAUCAAAAUGUUUCAGGAAGCUCUUCAAAUCGGCAUAACUAUGGGAAUUCUGGAAAUGUUUGGCAUCCAAGUGGACGGGGAGGAGGAACCUCAAAUUGGCAUCACAGUGCCAGGGAGAGAAAUUCUACUUGGCACUCAGAAGGAACAGGUCAUUUUUCUAGCUGGAAUUGCAAGAGUUAUGGAGGAAACUGGAAAUCUAGUCCUCAUGGUGCAAAUGGCUGGAAUUUUGGAAGCUCAGGAGAUACAUAUUCAGUAGAGCCAAUUAAAUAUAAUAAGGAAAGAUAUACAUGGCAGCGGCAGGAGAAAGAUAUGGACGCUCUGCCAUACAGAGAUCGAAAAAAAAGGAGUGACUUGGUUGAUUUUACUAGUGAUAAACUUCCUUCUGAGGGGGCAUUGGAUUUUGGUACGUCGAAGCAACCAGAAAGCAAAACUUCAAGAGCCAGUGGAAAAAGUGGCAGUCCUUCCAGAGAUAAAAUGUAUCGCUGGACUCCCUACCCAUCCCAGAAAGCUGCAGAGCAGCAACCACGGUCUGAAGAUAACGUUUCUAAAACUCCCGAUAAAACAGAUUCUGCAUUUAUGUCUCAUACUGAUUCAUCAAUGAAAGGAAAAACUUGUGAAGCCAAUGUUAGCCUUUCAAAACUUAAAAAACUGGAAGCAUCUUCCCCUUCUAAUGUAACCUCAGAUCACCUUGAUUCUUGCAGGGUAAUGAAAGACUGUUCCAGUGGUGAAAAGCCUGGCAAAGAUGAUGGCAGAAGUAAUAGGAUGCCAUCACUGAAAUCCCCUCUUCUGAAUAUCACAGAUAGGAAGCUAUCUUCCCCAAAGCAGGACACAAACAGUCUCCUAAAAAAUGUCAAGCCACUGCUAUCAUCAACUAGUGGUGAAGAGCAGAAUCAUUUGAAUGCACUGAACGUGGAAAAAACCAGUUUCUCUUCUUAUUCAUCAAAGCUGCAUGGUGCAAGUCCUGGUAACUUACAAGACAACAAAGAUGUUCUUGCUGGCAAUCUUGGAGAGUCUGUUAAUAGCUUAAGUGAAGCAGAACAAAACCCCAAAGAUGUUCAGUCCAACCAUUCCUUGCAAAAUGCUCCCUUAAGCUCUUGCAAGAAUACAAGUGACCAGAAUAGGGAAGGAACUGGGAAAGCAUCGCCAAAGAACGAGUUCAGACUAGAUUCAUUAGAAGAUGUGAGCGAUGAUGAUUUAACAGGAAGUGAGAAGUCAGAAGCAAGAGUUGAAAAGUUGGGUUCUUCUGUUAGUUCUUGUUUACCCUAUGACACUCCAGAAGUUAAACCUGCCACCUCUGAAAAGGUAGAUGAUGAAAAGCCGGCUGCUUCAAGUAUUGCUUCUGCUGAUGUAAAAGAUUCUACUUUUCAGAUGGAAUCCACAGUUUCUCCAUCAAACGGUCAGGACCAUUUGCAUGUGGAUUUGAAAACCUCCUCACAGGAUGGAGAAGAGGAUGAAGAGCCUGUCAAGUCACAUGAUCACUUUGAAAUGGAAGGUUUUGAAAAUCCUUCAGAUCAUGAGCUGCAAAAAGGAGGAAGCCAGUCACUAGGCCUCCUUCCUGAUUUAAGCAAAUUUGGCCUCCCUGCCUCUCUGCAAAGAGACCUGACACGACAUAUUAGUCUGAAGAGCAAAGUCGGGACACAUCUUCCAGAGCCCAAUCUCAAUAACGCACGGCGCAUUCGGAAUGUGAGUGGCCAUCGGAGAAGUGACACCGAGAAAGAAUCGGGGCUUAAACCCACCCUCAGGCAGAUUCUCAGUGCUUCCCGGCGAAAUGUAAACUGGGAUCAAGUCAUUCAGCAAGUAACCAAGAAGAAACAGGAACUUGGCAAAGGUUUACCAAGGUUUGGCAUAGAAAUGGUACCUCUUGUUCAAAAUGAGCAAGAGGGUCUAGAACUUGGUGAAGAAUCUGACCUGUCUACUCUGGAAGGAUUCCAGUGGGAAGGGAUUUCCUUAGCAGUGCCUGGCUCAGCCAGAAAACGUAGUUUUUCUGAAAGCAGUGUCAUUGCAGACAGAAAUCCUUCUGCUUAUAGCUUCUUCAGUGAAAAAGCCAAAAUAAAAGAAAGUGGGCAAAGGCAAAUAAUUGCAGCCAGUCACUCCCAUCACAUAACAUCUGGGUAUGAGGCAAGCGCUGACAUUGAGGCUGACUUGAAACAGGAGACCUCUUCUCUUCCUUUACCACCAUUUAUGUCUGAAAGAACCGAGACUAGUGGAAGGAGACGCAGCCUACAGGCCACCUCUGAGGUCACAGGCCUCACAAAACAAGACCAGGAGAGCCCAGAGAAGAGAACACCGCUUCUUGAAAAACAAAAUGUGCUAGAAAUCUCAGAAGAAAAUCGUCCGGCUUCAAAUAAUCCUUCACUACUUACUGUGUCUAAUAACAUAGAUGCAGCUACAGACAGUAGCUGCACAUCUGGUACUGAGCAGAAUGACAGCCAAGGAAUUGGAAAGAAACGAAGAGCAACUGGA